AUGCAUCUACUCCCACUCCUAACAUUAUGGCUCUCAAUAUCAAACCCAGCGCAAAGCGUCGAGCCGUCAGCGAUCCCUGGAUCGGGAUUUAGUGCAAAUGGUACAUCAACAACAACAACAACAACACUGUCCUCACCGGCAGAUCUUACCCUGCAUCAUGCUAUCGCGUCCAAGUUAGCUUCAGGGCCCGCUCGCGGUGUUCGAAAGAUGAGCGCAGACGAAGGCGAGAAAUUCUUCUUUGAGGAUUGGUAUUUUGGGGAUGAGAGUCGAGACUCAUCGAGUGAAUUGUCUGAGCGGGAUUUGUACCAUCGGAUUUGGAAUGGUACUGGGAGUAGCAGUGGCAACUUUGUUACAGAAUCCAAACCCGAAGAUGAAGAUGAGGAUGGAGAUGGAGAUGGAUAUCAAUACGACUACUCACCUGCCCAAUUCAUCGCCCAAUCAUUCCCAUUCGAGCCCUCUUUCCCUCCAUUUUCAGGCUCGACUUUGGUCUCAGCAUCAGACUCAGCAUCGGAUUCAGCAUCAGAAGCCCUCUCCCGUCUCGAAGCGCGGGAUUUCAAAUGCCCCACUGGUGCAUACAUCACAGUUAUCACCGUGACUGUCCAUUCCACGGUUAUGGUAUCGACAGUGACAUACUCGACAAGUCCAGAGCCGGGCACUGAAACAUCUUCCACCUCUUCGCCAACAUCGCCUUCAACAUCAACUUCGAAAUCAAGCCAAACAACAGCAACCGAAACAACAGACAGUCUAGCUCCACCCGCUCGACCAACAAGCCUCUCGACAGCAACAAGUGCAGCUACCGGCGACGACAUCUGCCCAACGGGAUUCUACGCCUGUUCCGCCGUUUAUCACGGAGGUUGCUGCCGGACAGGCCGCAACUGCGAUACGACAUCUUGCCCAACUACAUCCUCUACAACUAUGACAUCGAACGGCGUGACGAUCGUCGUACCAGUUACAACUGCAACGGAGAACUCUGGCGGGAGUGGGAGCGGAAACCGCUGUGCCAAUGGCUGGUUUAGCUGUGCAGAUACUGUCUCCGAGCCUCCGCCCAUCAUGUCCGACGCUCCCCAGAAGCCCCUCCCCUUCGUCUACCAGUUCGCCGCCGGUGCGGUGGCUGGUGUGUCCGAGGUACCCAUUGGACGUGGUCAAGACUCGAAUACCAAGGCUGCUGUUGCCGGUGCUGAGCACUACAAUGGCAUGUUCGAUUGCUUCCGCAAGAUUGUCAAGCACGAGGGUGCCUCCCGCCUAUACCGCGGUAUCUCCGCCCCAAUUCUGAUGGAAGCCCCCAAGCGUGCGACGAAGUUCGCCGCCAACGACAGCUGGGGCAGCUUCUACCGCGGCCUGUUCGGUGUCGAGAAGCAGACCCAGGGCUUGGCCACCCUGACCGGAGCCACAGCCGGAGCCACCGAGGCCUUCGUCGUUGUUCCCUUCGAGCUGGUGAAGAUCCGUCUGCAGGACAAGGCCCAGGCCCACAAGUACAACGGCAUGUUCGAUGUCGUGAAGAAGAUCGUCGCCCAGGAAGGCCCCCUUGCCCUGUACAACGGUCUCGAGUCGACAAUGUGGCGCCACAUCCUCUGGAACGCCGGUUACUUCGGCUGUAUCUUCCAGGUCCGCGCUCAGCUGCCCGCUGCCGAGCCCGGAAACAAGAGCCAGCAGACCCGCAACGACCUCAUCGCCGGUACCAUCGGUGGUAUCACCGGUACCAUCCUCAACACCCCCAUGGAUGUUGUAAAGUCUCGUAUCCAGAACACCUCCAAGGUUGCCGGCCAGACCCCCAAGUACAACUGGGCCUGGCCUGCCAUCGGCACUGUCAUGAAGGAGGAGGGCUUCUCCGCCCUGUACAAGGGCUUCACUCCUAAGGUUCUCCGUCUCGGUCCCGGUGGUGGUAUCCUGCUCGUCGUCUUCACCGGUGUCAUGGACUUCUUCCGUGGCAUGCGUGGCGAGUAA